AAAUAAUUCUAAACCAUAUUUAGCUAAUUACAAAGAGUGUAUUUCUUAUACAUACUUUAUUUUGUGGUAGAAUAUUGUUUUAUUGAAUAUACUAUUAGGAAUGUAAAAGGUUAUUGUAUUUCUUUAACAUUAAAUUGUAUAUUACAAUGAAAUGCGCGAAACGGUGUAUAGAAUUCUAUGAUGUAUAAGAGGAGAAAGUUUGUUUUACAUUUAUGAAUUAAGACUCUUCAGUUAGGUUAUACGGAAAGUAUACAAAUAAUUUAUUAAUUUUAUUAAUGAUACGUAGUUCGGCAUAAGUUAUGACAAUGUCUAGACGAAACGAGAAGGAAGAUUUAAAAAUAUUGCAAGAAUUGAUUCCUAAUGCCACACCAGAAUCAUUGCGAAUUUUUCGAGAUUGUAUGAGAAUAGAUGCUUUAUAUAACGCUGCACUUCCUUAUGGAAUUAUAUCUGCAGCAGCGACACAUAUGCUGAUUCCUAAGACACAAGGGAUGCUAAAACCUAUUGCAACAGCUGUUAUAGGUGUAACAAUGUCCUUAGUUGGAAAACUACUUUAUACACCAAAAUGUUAUCAAAAAGCAUUUGGUACCGUGGAACCAUUUACAAGGAGGCAAUUACACCAUGCUGAUAAUGUUAAUCGACAAGAACAGCAGAGUAAAUAUCUUGUAUCUUCCACUGAUAAUUUACAGGAAGAAGAACCAGUCUGGGAUAAUAUUGAUACCCAAUUUGAGAGCUAUCCAAAUGAAUUCGAUGAUAUAAGUGGUAAUUCACAAGAAGAGUCAACAAAUGAGCAACAAGGAAAGAAGCGUGUCACAUAUGAUGACUUAUGGAUGCAGCACAGAGAACAACAAAUGAAGAACCAGUAUAGUGAUAUUCAAAAUUAUUUCGCCACAAAUAAUGCAAGGAGAGAGCCAGUUCGAAGGCAACAGACGAGGCUUCCACAAAAAUCAGCAGUUCCUGAAACAGAAUUCGAUGAAAAAGAAACGUGGAAUUGAAGCCAAGAAUUGGAGCGUAUUUUCGAAUACAUAUGGUUAUUGGCAAUUGUCGCAUAAUAAGAAAUUUUGAUAGUAAUAAAGAUAGCAAUAAAAUUAUAAA